AUGUUCGAUAAGAUCCUCAAAAAGCGUUCGCAGGACCUCUCCCCUCAGUCCCCUAUUUCCUCAAAUGGAGAGGAGAAAGGUCCCGGUGAUGUCGUCGACACGCCUAUUCCGCUCCUAACUUGGCGCUCAUUCAUUAUGGGCAUUCUCGUUUCUAUGGGCGGUUUCCUUUUCGGUUACGACACUGGUCAGAUCUCCGGCUUUCUGGAGAUGCCAGACUUCCUUCAGCGUUUCGGUGAACCUCAAUCGGAUGGGACUUAUCAUUUCACCAAUGUCCGUUCGGGUCUCAUUGUUGCCUUGCUGUCCAUAGGUACUCUGAUAGGGGCUUUAGUCGCAGCACCGAUCGCCGACCGCUUUGGACGAAAGUGGUGUAUCAGUUGGUGGGCCCUGAUGGUUUGUGUUGGAAUUACGAUCCAGAUAUCAUCGCCUGUUGGCAAGUGGUACCAGAUCGCCAUGGGUCGUUGGGUUGCCGGGCUCGGAGUUGGUGCCGUUUCUCUAUUGGUACCUAUGUAUCAAGCUGAAUCAGGACCGAGGCACAUUCGAGGAUCGCUGAUUAGUACAUAUCAGCUAUUCAUCACGCUGGGAAUCUUAGUUGCCAACUGUAUCAAUUUUGGAACCGAAGCUCGCCCCGACACCGGUUCAUGGCGUAUCCCUAUGGGUAUCACAUAUCUUUGGGCCGCAAUCCUUGGUGGUGGUAUGAUGUUCUUCCCUGAAAGUCCACGUUACGACUACCGCCAUGGCAAAGUGGAGAAAGCUAUGGACACUCUUUCCAAAGUCUAUGGUAUCCCUCGUAACCACCGCGCUCUCCACCUCGAGUUCGAAGAAAUCAGAGAGAAAUACGAGGAAGAGAAGCGCAACGGGAAGGUUACCUGGAAACAGAUGUUCCGUGCCCCGACGAUGUCGAGACGGAUCGCAAUUGGCGUCGCCCUGCAAGCUCUUCAGCAGCUGACAGGUGCCAAUUACUUCUUCUAUUAUGGAACAACGAUCUUCAAGGGCGCUGGAAUCCACAACAGUUAUGUCACGCAGAUGAUUCUAGGCGGUGUCAACUUUGGAACAACAUUCCUUGGCCUCUAUCUGGUCGAGCACUGGGGCCGACGCCGUUCUCUCAUAACCGGUGCGCUAUGGAUGUUUGUCUGCUUCAUGAUCUUUGCCUCGGUGGGCCAUUUCUCCCUCGAUCAACAAUUCCCAGAGAGAACAAAAACUGCUGGCAUUGUUAUGGUUGUCUUUGCCUGCUUUUUCAUUCUUGGCUUUGCCAGUACCUGGGGACCCAUGGUAUGGACGAUCAUCGCCGAGUUGUAUCCUUCGCAAUACCGUGCGAAAUCCAUGUCUCUGGCGACAGCAUCGAAUUGGUUUUGGAACUUCCUCCUUGCCUUCUUCACCCCCUUCAUUACCGGCGACAUUGACUUCCGCUUCGGGUAUGUCUUCGCCGGAUCGGGCCUGGUUUACUUCGGCGUUCUGGAGGGACAGGGUCGUACUCUGGAGGAGAUUGAUACUAUGUACAUGAUGAAAGUGAAGCCGUGGAACAGCUCGAAGUUCGUGUUCCCUGCUGAUCCAGCCGUUAUCCGGGGCUCGUUUGAUAAAGGAGAGGAAGCUCCUACAGCAUCUCAUGUUGCAGACCCUACCAUUGAGCUCCGAGAAGAUGGAUCGUCGUCGGUGCCUGAGACACGUGCGUAA